AUGGCGAGCAAGAACAAAGUUCCCGUACCAGCCAGCAUGAAGGUGCCAAAGCCUGCCACCAAUCCGCCGAAGGGAAUGCAGACACUGGGCUCGGGCAAUUUCGAGAUCAAGCAAGCUCCUGGAAAGGGCGUGGGCAUGUUUGCCACCGCGCUCAUCAAGACAGGAACUGUCAUCUUCGGGGAAGAGGCGCUCUUCGUAUUCAAAGGACCGUUUGACAUCGAUGAGAAGAUGGUCAAGCGCGCGUACAACGACUUGCCGCCAUGGAAGAAGGCGAUCUUUGACCAAUGUCGCCACGAUUCAACUCACAGACCAGAGCGCCAAAAGGCUCUGUACAAAGCUUCGUCAUUCAACUGCACCUGCGAGCUCUGCACCGCUCCGCCCAAGAAACGUCUGAUCAGUGACACGCGUCGCCACAUGCUCCGUCAUCUCAGCUAUUGGCUGCGCAAGGGCGAUAUCCACGAUGCCGCGAACGAGCUCCAAGCCCCGCCACGCGACAUCGAAAUGCUCAAGAACGGAGCCUACACCCUGCUAUACGCCAUGCUCCUUGAAGAGGAGGACAUACUGCACGGCAACGAUGCCUACGAGGCUUGGGCCCUCGCCGCAUGGCACGUCUUCAACACCUGCUACCACAACGCCAAGUCUGAGCGCAUCCGCCCUCACGUGCUUCGAGACAGAGAGAUGCACACGUGGAUGCAGAAGGCGAUCAAGAGUGCCAGGAGUCCAUAUGGCGAGACAAACUUGCAGGCAGAAGCGGGACUUGUGUGUGUUCGCGACCAUGUGCGCUCGCAUGAUGUUUGUGGAGCCGACGACGGGAUGCAUUCAGUGGGACGUGAUGGACUGGAUGGAGGGGGUCAUUACAUGUACUUGAGCACGAGGAAUUAUAACAUCUUCUCGACGUGUCCGCCGGGUUCGGAUAAGCAGCCUCCAGCUAUGGCGCGGUGUCCGACUAUGUGA